AUGCAAAAAAAUAGAUAUAAUGGUUGCGGAACAGUAAGAACUAAUACUUCAAAGUUUCCUACUUGCCUAAAAAUAAAAAAAUCUCAAAAAUUAGAAUGGGAUACUCUUUUUGGUACUGUUGUAGAUGAUGUUUUGGUUGUAUUUUGGAUAGAUAAUGGGCCAGUAACUAUGUUAACAACUAUACAUGAAAUUUUAGAUAAUGGAAAUCUAGUAGAAAGAGAAAGAAGAAGGCUUGUAUUUGGUAAUGCAAGUAAGAAAGUUCUUCCCAUACUUGCUGUAAUAUAUGAUUACAACUAUCAUAUAGGUGGCAUUGAUAUAGCUGACCAAUUAAGAGGCUAUUAUGGUGUACAAGUUCCU